UUUGGAUAUUGUUACUUGUUCUUGUUGUCAAAAAUGGGUGAUAAUUUAGUUGAAGAAGUUGCUAAAAUUAACAUUGAAGAUGAAAAGCGCUCUGUGUAACCAUCCAUUUUGAACAUAGAUAUGACAGAAAUCAGUUUGGACAAGUUAAACAAAUACUUAUCUGAAAAUAGUUAUAUAUCUGGAUACCAGGCUAGCCAAAACGACAAUAUUGUUGUUGAUUACUUACUGAAUCAAGAUUUCAAAAAUCAUACUCAUAUUUCUCGCUGGUAUAAUCAUAUAACCAGUUUCGGCUCGAACCGUAAGUCGUUCCCAGAGAUUACAGACGUCAAACCAACGUUUGACUUGAGCUGUAUCAAAGGAUCUACGUCUGAGCUAAGAAAAAUGAAAGAAAAGAAAGCAAAAGAAAAAAGCGGCGGUGGACCUGAAAAAACUACUGCUUCCGAGCUCAACCCAUGGCCUUCAUAUAUUCAGGAGAGAAUUGCUAUGUGGGACAAGCUGAAAGCACAGUACGAUGCUGAGAUAGCAGCCAAAGUUCCGGAAAAUAUCACCGUAACACUGCCUGAUGGUAAACAAGUGUCGGCUCAGUCCUGGAGGACGACUCCCUACGAUGUGGCCAAGGGCAUCAGCCAAGGCCUAGCAGACAACACAGUUAUAUCCAAAGUGAACGGAGAAUUGUGGGACAUUGACCGUCCUCUGGAAGCAAGCUGCAAACUGGAAUUGCUUAAGUUCGACAAUCCUGAAGCUGAGCAGGUUUUCUGGCACUCCAGCGCUCACAUUCUAGGCGAGGCCAUGGAGAGAGUGUACGGAGGCUGUCUGUGCUACGGACCUCCUAUUGAUUCUGGCUUCUACUAUGACAUGCAUAUUGCAGACAGACAGGUAUCAAACGCAGAUUUUCCGGUGAUGGAGGGUAUAGUUAAGAAUAUCGUCAAGGAGAAACAACCUUUUGAAAGGCUGGAACUGAAAAAAGAAGACCUGCUGGAAUUGUUCAAGUACAAUGAGUUCAAGCAGAGGAUCUUGAAGGAGAAAGUAAAGACGCCGACGACUACUGUGUACCGAUGUGGCUCUCUAAUAGACCUGUGCCGAGGACCACACAUCAAGCACACUGGCAAAGUCAAGGCUUUUAAAGUCACCAAGAACUCCGCCACAUAUUGGGAGGGGAAGUCGGACGCAGAGUCGCUUCAAAGAGUCUACGGAAUCGCCUUCCCCGACAACAAACAGAUGAAGGAGUGGGAGAAGUUCCAGGAAGAAGCGGCCAAACGGGAUCAUCGCAAGAUCGGCAGGGAACAAGAGCUGUACUUCUUCCACGAGCUGAGCCCCGGCUCGUGUUUCUUCCAGCCGCGCGGCGCGCACAUCUACAACAAGCUGAUAGACUUUAUCCGUUCCGAGUACCGCAAGCGAGGCUUCCAGGAGGUGGUGACGCCCAACAUAUACAACGCCAAGCUGUGGCAGACGUCGGGUCACUGGGAACAUUACGCGGACAACAUGUUCUCUUUUGAUGUUGAGAAGGAAAUGUUUGCUUUGAAACCAAUGAACUGCCCUGGACACUGUUUGGUGUUUGACCAUCGGCCCAGAUCAUGGAGAGAGCUGCCUCUGAGAAUGGCAGACUUUGGUGUGUUGCAUCGUAAUGAGCUGUCAGGAGCUCUCACAGGAUUGACCAGGGUGAGGAGGUUCCAGCAAGACGACGCUCACAUCUUCUGUGCUGUCAGUCAGAUCAAGGCUGAGAUCACCGGAGCCUUGGACUUUUUGAGGCAUGUCUACGGAGUGUUUGGCUUCACCUUCCAGCUGUGUUUGUCCACAAGACCAGACAAGUUUCUGGGCGACAUUUCCGUCUGGGACCACGCCGAGAAGCAACUUGCGGACAGUUUAAAUGAGUUUGGAGAGACGUGGAGAGAGAACCCGGGUGACGGAGCUUUCUACGGCCCCAAGAUUGACAUUACAAUCAUGGACGCUUUGAGACGCAACCAUCAGUGCGCUACGAUCCAGCUGGACUUCCAGCUACCCAUCAGGUUCAACCUGUCGUACAUCAAUGAUGAUGGAGAGAAGACGAGGCCGGUCAUCAUACACAGGGCCAUUCUUGGUUCUGUGGAGCGUAUGAUCGCUAUUCUGACAGAGUCGUACGCUGGCAAGUGGCCGUUCUGGCUGUCCCCUCGACAGGUCAUGGUCAUCCCGGUCGGACCUCCGUUCCAAGACUACGCUGAAAAGGUCAAGAACUUGCUGUACGAGGCUGGUUUCAUCUGUGAACUAGACAUCGACUCUGGCGACACCAUGAACAAGAAGAUCAGAAACGCUCAACUCGCUCAAUACAACUUCAUCCUUGUUGUUGGUGAGAGGGAAAAGACAGCUGAGACAGUGAACGUCCGGACCAGAGAUAACGUCAUCCAUGGAGAACUCAACCUUCCGGAUCUUAUCUCCAAGUUCAAGCGCCUCUCUGAAGAAAAGUGCAGCGAAGACAAGUUCUAAGUCGUACAGGAACCACUGGUCUAUACACAUUUCUAGUGUCUCUCAAACCUAAAGUUCUGACAGUGUAGGUUUGAAAUCGUUUAGGUUUUGUUUAAUUUAUAUCAAAUUCUGCAAGAUAUUCGGUCUUCUCGCUUUCAAUUGUGCAUUUGAAAAAAUGACAGCUUCAAUGCCGAUAUAAAACAAUGAAAGGCUUCAUCACUAAGUAUUACUCAUGCUAUGCUGUUAAACAGUGCAGAUUAGGACUAAGAAUGGUCCAUUGAAUGUAGUUAAUCAUAAGUGGUGAAGACUUAGUAACAUUUAAACUGUUGCAAUAAUUGUUAUAUAUUUGUCCUCAGCACUGAAACUAUCUAUCUAAUAUUAGUCUUUUGUUCACAGUAUGAAAAUCAAUUUCUAGUUAUGAGUGCAUAGCCAGUAAGUUCUUACCUUAUUUUACUUAUUUAUUUUAUUUUUAAGUCGAAUCACUAUGGAAUUUACAAAUUUACCUACUAAUCUUUUUUACUUUUCCUAAAGUAUUUCUUUCAGAAUUUGGGACGUGUGUUUCUGUUGCGAUCACAAUUUAAAUUUUUUUCUAUGUUAAAGGAGAAAAUUAAUUUUUUUGAAAAGUUGGAAACCUUUUGAGAAUACUUGAACAUACAUGAGUGUUCAACUGCUGAAACUAUUUAAUUCUAUGCAAUUUGUUUACAUAGGAAGUUUUUUUAUUGAGUUUUUAUUAUAUAUGAAAUGGAAGCCAUAUCUAUUUAAAAACUGUAGUAGAUGUGACUCAUCAGUCAGAAAUUGCUUUAGAAUAAGGUCUAAAGGUAUUGAUUUUUAUAGUAAUCUGUGGUCAUUUUGUAAUUGGUUCAAAUAAAGCAAUUUUAUGUCUUA